AUGCGUCUAUUUCUAGACCGCCUCUUCCUAGUUCUCCUGUUCCUCUCGCCCGUCACAGCCAUCGGCACAUCAUGCUUCAAAGUCGUCUCCGCACUGGUUAGCCGACCAGGUCACCUCUUCGAUAAAUUCCAAAGUGAAAUCUGCGACGUUGGAUGCCAGCCGAUCGUCCCUCACUGGGAUCUAUGGACGCGCAACAACACCUUCGUCCCCGCCGUUCGCAGUCUGAUGCAGCGCAUGAAUGUACCCCACAAGGAAGACGAUCUGCUGAAGAUGGGCGAUGAUGUUGCGCUCAAGAUCAAGGAAAGCUGUGGACCAAUGCUAGGUGGUGGAGUACAUAUCUGCUCUGAUUCGGAGACUCUGGCUGGGUUUGGCAACUGCUUCAAGCGCAAUUUUCUCAUGGCUUCGAUCAAGCAUCUUCCCACCUUGAUCCCAAUGGCUUCGGAGGAAUCGUGCAAGGAGCAACUUAGGUUCUUGGAGAGUGAUGAGCUGUGGGAUAUUACGAUUCCUCAGAAUAUGAGGGAUUAUGCGAAAGUGUGUGACACUUUGGGGUUUAAUGACCAUGAUGAAUUAUGA